AUGUUGAUAACCAUCCUAUGAAAGAGGAGGCGUCUCUCAACAUAUGGCCGCGGAAUCCGUGGGGCAAUGUAUCAGGAGAACACUCUCUUUCAUCCCAUAAUCACAUCCACAGUAAAGAACGCCAAAGCCCCAACACUGCUGACCACAAAGAACAGAAGAAGAGGGAGAAACAGCGACUGGAGAAGGAGAAGAAGGAGCAAAAAGAAAGGGAGAAGAAGGAAAAUGAAAUGAAAAAAAAGUUCAAAGUGACGGGAGAAGAGGAGCCCAUGUACCAUGCCAAGGUGAUGGUGGCUAGCAAGGUCCGCAAGAACGACCUGCCAGUGAAGAACGGGGAAACAGUUAGCAUCAUUCGCACCACCAACUGCCCUAAAGGCAAAUGGUUGGCCCGAGAUGCUAACCACAAGU